AUGGCUAAUGUCCUUAACGGCUCCUGCCACACCACGCCACAUGUCACCGUGCUCUCCGAGCCUCCGCCUCUCCGGGCUCCGCCUCCGACGUCGCGCUCUCCAAGCCUCCGCCUUCGACGUUGCUCCACUGGAACACCAGGAACUGCUCCGCCGUCGUCACUGUCGCCGCCGCCGCUGAUGCCCUUACCUCCCAAGGAGGAGGGUGCCCCCCGCCACCUAGGGGACCACGUGGAAUCCGAGGUCUGCAGGGUCCUCCAGGAAGCCCAGGCCCUGCUGGCGCAAAAGGUGACCAAGGCCCUCAAGGUGAAAAAGGAGAAACCGGAGACAGAGAAGCAGUUUGAGAUGUCAUACAGCACUGGCCAGUACGCCAUGGUCAACAGGAGUGCCACUACGUGUACCACCCACGUGCCCUUCCUCAAUCACACUGGGCGUUCGGGAGCGCAGGUACAGAGAAGACCAAUGGGAGUCCCUGGUGCACCGGGUCCCCAAGGCAUGACAGGCACCCCGGGACCAAAAGGGGAUCAUGGGCCAAUGGGGGAGAAAGGAGCAAAAGGAGAAGUGGGAAACACAGAGGUCAACCUCAUGAAAAAACAAGUCAGCGCUUUGCAAGGACAGCUAACAAUGUUGCAAGCCGGUCUCGCCAAGUUCCAAAAAGUCGCGGCAUUCCCGAGUGGCCAAAUUGUGGGCAACAAAGCCUUUGUGACCAGUGGCUACGAAGGCAACUUUGACGACCUGAGGCAAAGGUGUCUGCAAGCGGGCGGCCAACUCGAAAAAAAAACUGAGAAUGCUGCCAUCCAACAGAUAGCUAUUAUCCACAAGAAGGCCGUGUUUCUCGGGAUAAAUGACAUCCAGACGGAGGGGAGAUUCAAGCACCUGAACGGCGAUGACGUCACCUACUCCAACUGGCAGCUAGGGGAACCCAACAAUGACAAAGGGGCAGAGAACUGUGUGGAGAUCUUUGUGAACGGCAAGUGGAACGACAGGUUCUGCGGGGAGAACCGGCUAAUACUCUGUGAAUUCUAG